UCAUCCUGCUUGACUUUUCAAGAGAUAUUGAGUAUCACAAAGGCAAGGAUCUAUUGGAAGAAUCAUUGACAGACAAAUUGAAGGAAAUUGGUGAAACAUAUGGAGUAACUGUAGUGGGCAAUUCUGUAAAAAAAGCAAUAAGAAGUUUAGUGCAAGCAUUGGCAGGACUUGAGAAUAAUGAAUGGAAACAAGUGGUUAUAUUGAUAGAUGAAUAUGAUGCACCAAUAUUAAAGGUAUUGGAAAAUAAUGAAAAAGGAUUUGAUGCAGCAAAAGAAAAUCAAAGCAUUCUUCGCCUCUUCUUUGAAUCAUUGAAAGCACUGAAGGAAUAUAUUCAGUUUGAGUUUGUUACUGGUAUAUCAACUUUUGGUUACAUGUCAUUAUUUUCUGGAGCAAAUGAUCUUGAAGAUGUUACAAUUGAUGAGUUGUUAAGUGGUGCCUUUGGUUUUACUUGGGAAGAAAUAGAACAUGCAGCUUCACUUUUUAAUCAACUGUCAGGUGACCCAAAUGAGAUAAAGGACUG